UCGCUGCCUUUAUACCGUGGCUCUUGUUCUGUGUAUCACCUGUGAUCUGAAACCAUGAUCAGCGUGAUGCAUUGACCUUUGGAGCAUCAACCUUUAAACCGUCUCAGCAAUUUUUAUCAGUUCCAGUUCAGUGUGGGUCACUGACGUUUCACCAGCAGAGCUCCAACAACUGAAGGCGGCAUGGCAGGAAGGAAGUCGCUGUGUUGCACGUUUGCCGUCGUGCUCGUCGUAAUGGUCGUGGCUGCAAUAGCUGUCACGCUGAUAUUAUUAAUAUUAAAUGCAGAUCUGGAGCAGAAACACGCGUAUCUGAUCGGCGUGGGCCGAGCCGACUGCACCGGUCCCCCAGCAGACGUCCCACUGAUGGGUUACGCGAACCCUCAGCAGUUGGCUGCAGGGAUCCACACUCGCCUGUUCAGCCGAGCUUUCAUUGUGGACGACGGGACACGGAGAGUCGUGUUUGUCACCGCAGACGUGGGGAUGAUUUCUCAGAGAGUGCGACUGGAGGUUCUGCAGGCACUGCAGCAGAAGUAUGGGAACUUGUACCGCCGGGAUAAUGUAGUUCUGAGUGGGACUCACACGCACUCGGGCCCUGGAGGUUAUUUCCAGUACACCCUGUUCAUGAUCAGCACCAAAGGUUACAUCAAGUCGGCCAUCAGGCCUGUCGUGGACGGCAUCCUGCAGAGUAUAGACAUAGCCCAUCACAACAUGAGACCAGGUCGGAUCUUCAUGAACCGAGGGGUUCUGAAUGACAGCAGCCUGAACAGAAGUCCUCAGUCCUACCUCAACAACCCUGAGGAUGAGCGAGACAGGUUCGGGUCAAACACAGACAAGCAGGUGUUGGUGCUGAAGUUCACUGACAUGGACGGAGACGGGAUCGGCAUGCUCAGCUGGUUUGCCAUCCAUGCCGUCAGUAUGAACUACUCCAAUCGGAUGGUGAGCAGCGACAACAUGGGCUACGCAUCCUACCUUCUGGAACAAGAUAAGAACUUUGACGCUCUACCUGGACAGGGAGAUUUCGUCGCUGGAUUUGCUUCCAGUAAUCUUGGAGAUGUCAGUCCAAACACCAAAGGACCUCACUGUGUCAACACUGGACUUCCCUGUGACUACUUGAACAGCUCGUGUCCUGUGGGAGGGACUAAGAUGUGUCAGGCAUUCGGACCAGGUGACAACAUGUUCGAGAGCACAAGAAUCAUUGGGCACAACAUCUACAGAAAGGCCAAGGAGCUGUAUGCUACUGCUGUGGAGGAGAUGACUGGAUUUCUUCACGCUGCUCAUCAGUGGGUUAACAUGACAGACGUCACCGUUCAGAUCAACGACACACACAUGGUGAAGACGUGUAAACCAGCUCUUGGUCACAGUUUUGCAGCGGGAACAACAGAUGGAGGAGGAGACCUCAACUUCACUCAGGGUGCUGUGGAAGGCGACCCAUUCUGGGACGGAAUCAGAGAUGCUCUGGUGGGAGAGCCAUCCAACGAGACACAGGAAUGCCAUCAGCCCAAACCAAUCUUAUUCAGCACAGGAGAGAUGAACUGGCCUCUGCCGUGGCAUCCUCAGAUUGUUGAUGUGCAGAUCAUCAUCAUCGGCUCUGUGGCUAUUGUAGCCAUUCCAGGAGAGAUCACAACCAUGUCAGGGAGGAGGUUAAGAGAAGCUGUCAAACAGGAACUGGAGUCUGAAGGGACAUUCAGUAACACAGAGGUGGUGAUCGCUGGCCUGAGUAACGUCUACACUCACUACAUCACGACAUAUGAGGAGUACCAGAUUCAGCGUUAUGAAGGAGCUUCAACGAUCUACGGACCGCAUACUCUCAGUGCAUACAUCCAGAAGUACAGAGGCCUGGCCAAAGCCAUCGCACAGGACAAAGUUUCGCAGCUGCCGUUCGGCCCUGAGCCGCCUUUCUUUCAGAAGAAUCUCUUUAAUUUGCUUCCUGCGGCUCCUGUGGACUUGAAACCAGUGAACAGCAGCUUUGGUGACGUCCUGCAGCAGGUUUACCCCGUCUACAGACAGGGUGAUGUUGUUUCUGUUAGUUUCAUAUCAGGAAACCCCCGGCAUUCUGGAGACAUUAGAAAUCACACUUUUGUUACUGUGGAUAUUUAUGACAACAGUACAGACACGUGGAAGGUUGUCUACACUGAUGCCUCAUGGGAGACGAGGUUUCAUUGGUUGAAAGGAGAAAGUGGGCGGAGUCACGUCACCGUUGAGUGGCAUGUUCCGAUGUCAGCCAUCAGUGGGUCCUACAGGAUCAAACACUUUGGACAUUUCAAACAAAGGAAAGGAUUUCAGACGGUCAUCACACCUUAUGAAGGCAUAUCCAACACCUUCAAAGUCACUGCCAGCUUUUACUACAAAUGACUGCACUAUGGUGCCACGCCUCCAGAGCUUUCACAGCGAGUGCCAGGGACGCGAAGCCACACCUUCAGACCUUCAACAGGAGCAUUUUAGUAAUCAGAAACUCAUGAUGUAAAAAUUAUUUAAAUGUCCAUCAACAGCAUGUCAAGAACUGGCAAUUAUUAAAGUAUGAUUUCAAUUUAA